UAUUCUAAUCUUUGUCUCACACUCCGUAAUCUUUUCCGCAAGUCUCGUUUUAUUCUCCCCACCAGUCUUUAACUAAACCCUAGCGGAGAGUGAAGAAGAACAGAUCUGUAAGCGAGACUUUGAUCCAAAAAUAUGCCUAAAAUUUCAGUUGUUAGAGAUGAUCUUUUCAAAGCUCUUGGGAGAACCUACACUCAAGAUGAAUUCGAUGAAUUAUGUAUGGAAUACGGACUCGAGCUUGACGAUGUUACAACUGAGAAAGCAAUUAUUAGAAAAGAGAAACACUUAGAUGGAGUAGAGGAUGAAUCCACAGAAGAUGAAGAGGUUAUUUACAAAGUUGAAAUUCCGGCAAACAGAUAUGAUUUGCUUUGUAUUGAAGGGCUUGUGCGUGCUCUUCGCAUAUUUCUAGGUCUUGAUGAAAUUCCUACGUAUACAUUAUCUAAUGUUCCUAAAGAAUCCAUGCUUAAAAUGCAUGUGAAAAAAGAGACUUCGGCGAUCAGACCUUUCAUUGUUUGUGCUGUAUUAAGAGGGAUCACUUUUGAUGAAGCCAGAUAUAAAAGUUUCAUUGACCUCCAAGAUAAGCUUCAUCAGAACAUAUGCAGGAGGAGAACUCUAGUUGCCAUUGGCACUCAUGAUUUGGAUGCAUUACAAGGUCCUUUCACAUAUGAGGCUCUCUCACCUGAAGAGAUAAGUUUCGUGCCUCUAAAACAGGACAAAAGCUUCAGGGCGGAUGAGCUAAUGAAGUUUUAUAACUCUGAUAUGAAGCUGAAGAAGUUUCUACAUAUAAUUGAGAAUUCACCGGUUUACCCCGUGAUAUAUGAUUCCAAGAGAACGGUACUAUCUUUGCCUCCAAUUAUUAAUGGUGCACGGUCAGCUAUAUCGCAAAGAACUAAGAAUGUGUUCAUCGAAUGCACGGCAACUGACUUGACCAAGGCAAAUAUUGUAUUGAAUACAAUGGUCAGCAUGUUCUCGGUGUACUGCGAAAGAAAAUUUGAGGUUGAGCCUGUUGAAGUGAUAUGCUCCAAUGGGGAGUCCUGUGUUUUCCCUGACUUGUCAUCCUUUGAUAUGGAAGUUCCUCUGACGAAAAUCACCGGUAGAAUCGGUGUUCCACUGGACGCAAGUCAGGUUACUAGUUUGUUAACUAAGAUGCAAUUGCGUGCGGAGGAAAUAUCAAGUGACAAAAAAUCCAUCAUCAGAGUGUCUGUACCUCCAACCAGAAGUGACGUUCUUGAAGCUUGUGAUGUGGCAGAGGAUGUUGCCGUUGCUUAUGGUUUCAAUAAUAUCCCAAGAACACAGCCUGUGCUCUCAACACAAGGAAGGCAGCAACCGCUCAGUCAGCUUAGCUACCUUAUCAGAUUGGAGAUAAUGGCAGCUGGGUUUACUGAGGUGCUAACGUGGAUAUUAUGUUCGAAUGAAGAAAAUUUCUCUAUGUUGAACCAAAAGGAUGACAAAACAUCCGUAACUGUUGCAAACCCCCGUUCAUCGGAUUUUGAGGCUACUCGAACAAGUCUUAUGUCGGGGUUGCUGAAAACUGUUCGAGAGAAUAACCACCAUCCAAAGCCCAUAAAGAUAUUCGAAAUGGGCGAUGUUGUGCUUCUAGAUGAUACCAAAGAUGUUGGUGCCAAAAAUAGUCGAAAAGUUGCAGCUCUAUAUUGCAAUGAAUCUUCUGGCUACGAGGAAAUUAGUGGCCUCGUGCAAAGAAUCAUGCAAAUUGUUGAUGUACCUUGGAUUGAGGAUCCUCUGUCUGGAGUUAGUAAUGGUUACUAUAUAUCUGCAUCGAAGACUGAGGGUACUGCAUUCCUUCCGGGAAGAGAAGCCAGGAUUGUUAUGAACGGAAAGCAAGUCGGCACUCUCGGUAUCGUGCAUCCAAAGGUCCUUGGCAAUUUCAGCAUCAACUUCCCAUGCUCCUACAUGGAAAUGGACGUUGAGUGUUUCUUAUAGUGCUUCAGACACCGAAGCCAGACAAUUAGGUAUCAUCUUCAUAUCAUGUCCUUGGUUGAUCUUGCUAAGAAGAAUAUCCCGGGGUUAAUCUAGUGAAUGAUUAUUCUACAUGUUUAAAUUAUGGAGUUCUGGAGUGAGAGGGAGCUUGUUAGUUUUUACUGGUGUGAUUGCCCUCAUCGACUACACCAAGCCAUCUCGGCUUUUUUUGCUGAAUUAAUAACUUGUCCUGAAAGUUGAUCACUUAAAUUGUUGAUGUCAAGGUGUAGUUUGAACCCACUCCGAGGAAUUCUACUCGGCAGCUGGAAGUACUAUUAGGAUUAAAACAUUGGGCUGGGUUGGGAUUUUGCUCUUGUUCAGGGCUUGGUUGGGAUUUUGCAGAAGGAUUAUGCUCUUGUUCAGGAUUGCAUGGUUCGUUAUACCAAUAUAUAAUAGACUACUUUUGUAUCAACACCUCUUCAAAAAGUUUUUAAAAUAGAACAAUUCUUUUAUCACAUUUUAAUGAAUUAAUUAAUUGAUGUAAUUUUCUCAUUUUUUUCUUCGUGUGAUCUUAUGUAGUACCAUCUCUAAUUUUAAAAUUAAAUUUUGUUUCUGGUAA